AUGAUCAUUGGAUUACUGUUUGAAUCAUUCAGUACAUUUGAUAACAUACCAUCACGGUCAACGCCAAGUCAAUAUUCAUCCGAUCAAAAUAUCAUGUUAUAUGCUGGAAAUUAUUCAAUUACGUGUGAUGGUGCCCAGGGAGGUGCUUCAUCUAAUAGUGGAAUGGGAGGCAGAGGUACAAAAAUCUUAUCAACUUUAACGCUUAAUUUUCGAACAAAUAUUACUUUAAGAGUCGGUAAGAAAGGUAAAGAUUCAGCAGAUGAUAAUGGCGGUGGAUAUUAUGAUGGAGGAAAUGCAUUCCCUGCAUUCAAAUAUUCAAAUGUAGCUAUUUAUGCUGGCGCAGGAGGCGGUUCUAGCUCAAUCUGGAUAAAGGAUAUGCCAAUAUUAGUUGCUGCAGGCGGUUCAGGAGGUCUUUAUCACUCCACUGGAGCCCCUGGUGGUGAUUUCAUUAAUAAUUUUAACUGUACUUCUGAAAAUUGCACUUCUACAGAAAGAAUCAAAGGUUAUACAGAUUGCCCAGCUAAAUUUAGACCCAGUUCAACUAGAUGGCAUGCAUAUAGUGGGUCAGGUGGUGGGUAUCAAUGUGGAAAUGUAGUAGAUGCGUUACCAAUACCACAACCAUUUCAAUAUGCUAGGGUAUCCCACGGUGGUUUAAGCUUUAUAAAUAGUUCAUAUUUCCGUGAAGUGCGUAUUAUUUCAGAUAAUAUCAAUGGAAAUGAGGGAGAUGGAUUAAUUACAAUAAAUCCAAUAAAUAUUCGUGGUUGUUCUUCUUGGACUAACUAUAGUUAUUGCACAAGGUGCCAAGAAGGCUUUUAUUUAUAUAAUGGGAGAUGUUGUCGAAGAUGUCCAAGAGGUUUUUAUGGAGAAAAUUCUUCAUUGACGAAACUUCAACAAUGCAAACCAUGCAAUCAAACUUGUGGAAGUUGUUCUAUAUCCCCAGAUAGUUGUACGUCAUGCAUAUCACCAUACUAUUUAAUGGGAUCAACUUGUGUUUUAAAUUGCGGCAGUGGAAAUUAUUCAAAUCCACAAAGGGAAUGCAAACAAUGUUCACAAAAUUGUUCUCAAUGCGACGGAAAAGCAGAAUAUUGCACUUCAUGCGCUUCAAAUAAUUACUUUGUAAAUGAAAAUCACCAAUGCGCGCUUUGUCCAUUCCCAUGUUCAUGGUGCAAAUCAGCAAAUCAAUGCACGAAGUGUCAGAAAGGAUAUUACUUAAUUGGAUCAAAAUGCGUUCCUCAUUUUACCAAAAAUCCAGAACCCUACAAUAUUAUUGGUAGAAUCUUGAGAAGAAGAGGAUAA